ACGCAAGGCUAGCAUGAUGACCCAGGAGGAGCUACACAGCAGGUUUCCCAGAUGGAGCAGGAGUAUUCCCUAAAGGAGCAGGGUCUAGAUGCCCGGGUCAGGGAGCUGGAGGAAAGCAGUAGGAGCUCCAGUGCUGACCUGACCCGCCUCCUCUCUGCCCAGCAGAAGACCAGCCAGCGCUGGAAGGAGGAGGCCAAGACCCUCACCCUGACCUUCCACACCAAACUCACCAGCCUCAAGGGUGAGCUGAGUCGACAGAAGCAACGUUGUCAGGAACUGGAGAUCCAGCUGGUGACUGACCACGAGUCCAUAGUAGAGUACGAGAGGCAGAUGGCAGAGUACCAGGAGAAGAACAGUCGCCUCCAGAGGCGUUUGACUCAGGCAGAACAGAAGGCAAUUACAGCAUCACAACAGCUCAGUAUAAUGACGUCACAGAGAAGGAAAACAUCGUCCAUGGCAGACCUGGAGUCUCUAUAGCGGUGUGCAGGGAUGAGACUUAAGGAUUUUGGGAACUUGUCCGCUGUGCCAUACGAUAUUUAAAAAUAUAAAAUUUCACUUUGGGCUAGUUGGCCACAUUUUCUACUAGCCAGUCUGAAAUGUACUAGCAUCGGGCUAGCUUAAUUUCCAUCCCUGACUGUGUGCAUUGCCAACCAUUUCUACAGAAAUGCCCAUGUCUGUUAUGGAUUUAUACCAUUCACUGUGAUGUCUGUUAUUAAAAUAUAUUUAAAUUSUC